AUUCGAUCAAGCUAACUACAAUGUUGCUGAAGGCAGUAGCCUCACUGUGACUGGAAGACUCACUGGACUAACAGGAGAGCUGCAGAGUGACUUCUCUCUCACACUGGGUGUUGAUUUUUCUGUUAAUAUACAUACAUCUUCCCAAGAUGUCACAUUCAAUCGUCCUGUCAAUUUCCUUGCCAGUGGAGCCAAAACAUUUUACUCUGGAUGUUGAUGCUAACAAUGAUGACGACUUUGAAGGGUUCCAUUCGUUUGUGAUAUCUCUACCGACUGACUCUGACUACAUUAAUCCGCUAGCCAGUGACACUGCCAGUACCACUGUCACCAUCAGUGACUUUGAUGAUGCCACUAUUGUGGUAACAGCUUCCGCAGAAACGGGUGUGGAGCGUACCAAUCUGACCGAAACCUGUGCCAUGCUCUCGGCGGCACCAGGGAACAUUAUGACCGAUAUUAUAGUGAACUUCGAGUUGAUUCCUGACACUGCAGACACCAGUGACUAUGCAGCUGUGGGUAGUCUACAGACCGUGAUUCCAGCUGGUUCUGCAGUCGGCCUUUCGUCACAUGUCUGUGUGAAUGUCAGUCUAGUCGAUGACAACCUUCUCGAAGAGAAUGGAGAAAGAUUCUCUGUACGUUUGCAAUCUGAAAAUGCCGAAGUUGGUUCUUCAAAUACCAUCGAUGUUUCUAUUACUGAUGAUGAUGCUGGUGAUUUUCAACUUUCUUUGGCUACUGAUGAUGGAGCAUUAAGUUUCAAAGAAGAUUUGGAACAAGAUAUCGAUUUUCUUUUGACACUGAGCAGAAUAGAUGGAGAGCCUGUUCGUCUUGCUACCCGGAUCUUGUUCUCUGUAUCCACAACUGGAUUUCCUGCCAAUGUUUCUGAUCGAGGCAUUGAUUUUGACAGCCCAUCUUCCUCAUUUAGUUAUGUCAUCUUUGGAGAGUGUGAUCCGUGUUUUGGUGAUUCAUCAAUGUUGGAAAUUGGACAGACGGUCAAUUUUGUUCAAACAUCCGUUAAGGAUGAUGAUGCUUUAGAAUUUGAUCAUGGAUUCAUUCUUGAAGUAGUUGGUCCACCCAAUAGUAUAAUCCCGCCAAGUCCAGUACAGAUCAACAUCACUGAUGAUGAACAAUCGACAGUUGGUGUAACAUUCGAUCAAGCUAACUACACUGUUGCUGAGGGCAGUAGUCUUACUGUGACUGGAAGACUCACUGGACUAACAGGAGAGCUGCAAAGCAAUUUCUCUCUCACACUAAGUGUUGAUUUCUCUGUUGAUACAUUAACAGGUUCUAGUGAUGUCACAAUUAGUCCCUCUGAUUUGAUAAUCAAUUUUGUUGCUUUUGAAAACACAACGUUUUCUCUGAUUAUUGAUGCUGACAACGAUGAUGACUUUGAAGGGUUCCACUCAUUUGUGAUAUCUCUACCGACUGACUCUGACUACAUUAAUCCUCUAGCCAGUGACACUGCCAGCACCACCGUCACCAUCAGUGACUUUGAUGAUGCCACUGUUGUGGUAACAGCUUCCACAGAAACGGGUUUGGAGGGUACCAAUCUGACUGAAACCUGUGCCAUGCUCUCGGCUGCACCAGGGAACAUCAUGACCGAUAUUAUACUGAACUUUGAGUUGAUUCCUGACACUGCAGACACCAGUGAUUAUGCAGCUGUGGGUAGUCUACAGACCGUGAUUCCAGCUGGUUCUACUGCUGGCCCUUCGUCACGUGUCUGUGUGAAUGUUAGUCUAGUCGAUGACGACCUUCUUGAAGAGAAUGGAGAAGUGUUCUCUGUACGUUUGCAAUCUGAAAAUGUCGAAGUUGGUUCUUCAAAUACCAUCGAUGUUUCUAUUACUGAUGAUGAUGCCAAUCUCCCGAUAAUCACGAGUGAGCCCAGUGACCUCCUCUUAGUCGUUGAAGGGACCACUGUUCAGUUUUCUGUGACAGCUAAAGGCGUUGAUUUGACUUACCAGUGGAUGAAUGGAGAUGGAGAUCUUUCUGAUAUGGUUGAUCAGAUAUCGGGUGCUACCUUGGCAACCUUGAUGAUCAUGAAUGUUACCUUGUCAGAUGUCAAUGGCUAUUCAGUCCGAGUUAGCAACAGUGCUGGUAACGUUGAUUCGUUGACAGCAAAUCUAAUCACAACCUCUAGUUACCAAGUGACCCUUAGUAACAGCUCAAUACUGGAAACUAUAGAAAGCAGUCAGGCUAGCAUUCUUUAUCAAGCAACUCUGUCGAGAAUCAAUGGAGCACAAAUUCUGAAAUUACCUGCCGUGGUCUCAGUUACACUGGUUGCCGAGGGAACACCUUCAAACACAGUUUCUGAAGAAGGUGUCGAUUUCAACAUUGGACCCCUCACGGUCAGGUUUGAUCCGUGUGACCCUUGCACCCCAGACCACCUGCAGAGGGAGGCACAGCUGUGUGUGAAGGAUGACGAUGAUUUGGAGUUUGAGCAUGGGUUCACUCUCAGUGUUGAUUUAGCGUCAACAGAUCCCUCAGGGAUAACUGCAGGAGACCCCCUGCAGAUCACCAUUACUGAUAAUGAGCAAUCAACUGUUGGUGUAACAUUCGAUCAAGCUAACUACACUGUUGCUGAAGGCAGUAGCCUCACUGUGACUGGAAGACUCACUGGACUAACAGGAGAACUGCAGAGUGACUUCUCUCUCACACUCGGUGUUGAUUUUUCUGUUAAUAUACAUACAUCUUCCCAAGAUGUCACAUUCAAUCGUGCUGUCAAUUUCAUGGCCAGUGGAGCCAAAACAUUUUCUCUGGAUGUUGAUGCUAACAAUGAUGACGACUUUGAAGGGUUCCAUUCGUUUGUGAUAUCUCUACCGACUGACUCUGACUACAUUAAUCCUCUAGUCAGUGACACUGCCAGUACCACCGUUACCAUCAGUGACUUUGAUGAUGCCACUGUUGUGGUAACAACUUCCGUAGAAACGGGUUUGGAGGGUACCAAUCUGAUCGAAACCUGUGCCAUGCUCUCGGCUGCACCAGGGAACAUUAUGACCGAUAUUAUAGUGAAUUUCGAGUUGAUUCCUGACACUGCAGAUACCAGUGAUUAUGCAGCUGUGGGUAGUCUACAGACCAUGAUUCCAGCUGGUUCUACAGUUGGCCUUUCGUCACGUGUCUGUGUAAAUGUCAGUCUAGUCGAUGACAACCUUCUCGAAGAGAAUGGAGAAAGAUUCUCUGUACGUUUGCAAUCUGAAAAUGCCGAAGUUGGUUCUUCAAAUACCAUCGAUGUUUCUAUUACUGAUGAUGAUGCUGGUGAUUUUCAACUUUCUUUGGCUACUGAUGAUGCAGCAUUAAGUUUCAAGGAAGAUUUGGAACAAGAUAUCGAUUUUCUUUUGACAUUGAGCAGAAUAGAUGGAGAGCCUGUUCGUCUUGCUACCCAGGUUUUGUUCUCUGUAUCCACAACUGGAUUUCCUGCCAAUGUUUCUGAUCGAGGCAUUGACUUUGAAAGCCCAUCUUCCUCAUUUAGUUAUGUCAUCUUUGGAGAGUGUGAUCCGUGUUUUGGUAAUUCAAUGUUAGAAAUUGGACAGACAGUCAAUUUUGUCCAAACAUUUGUUAAGGAUGAUGAUGAUUUAGAAUUUGAUCAUGGAUUCAUUCUUGAAGUAGUUGGUCCACCUGAUAGUAUAAUCCUGCCAAGUCCAGUACAGAUCAACAUCACUGAUGACGAACAAUCAACAGUUGGUGUAACAUUCGAUCAAGCUAACUACACUGUUUCUGAGGGCAGUAGCCUCACUGUGACUGGAAGACUCACUGGACUAACAGGAGAGCUGCAAAGCAACUUCUCUCUCACACUAAGUGUUGAUUUCUCUCUUGAUGCAUUAACAAAUACUAGUGAUGUCACAUUCAACCCUGCUAACUUGAUCAUCAAUUUCGCUGCCUUUGAAAACUUAACGUUUUCUCUGACUAUUGAUGCUAACGAUGACAAUGAUUUUGAAGGGCUCCACUCGUUUGUGAUAUCUCUACCGACUGACUCUGACUACAUUAAUCCUCUAUUCAGUGACACUGCCAAUACAACCAUCACCAUCAGUGACUUUGAUGAUGCCACUGUUGUGGUAACAGCUUCUACAGAAACGGGUUUGGAGGGUACCAAUCUGACUGAAACCUGUGCCAUGCUCUCGGCUGCACCUGGGAAUAUUAUGACCGAUAUUAUAGUGAACUUUGAGUUGAUUCCUGACUCUGCAGACGCCAGUGACUAUGCAGCUCUGGGUAGUCUACAGACCGUGAUUCUAGCUGGUUCUAUUGCCGGCCCUUCGUCACGUGUCUGUGUGAAUGUUAGUCUAGUCGAUGACGACCUUCUCGAAGAGAAUGGAGAAAGAUUCUCUGUACGUUUGCAAUCUGAAAAUGCCGAAGUCGGUUCUUCAAAGAACAUCGAUGUUUCUAUUACUGAUGAUGAUGCUGGUGAUUUUAAACUUUCUUUGACUGCUGAUGAUGGAGCAGUAAGUUUCAAUGAAGAUUUGGAACAAGAUAUCGAUUUUCUUUUGACACUGAGCAGAAUAGAUGGAGAGCCUGUUCGUCUUGCUACCCGGGUCUUGUUCUCUGUAUCCACAACUGGAUUUCCUGCCAAUCUUUCUGAUCGAGGCAUUGAUUUUGACAGCCCAUCUUCCUCAUUUAGUUAUGUCAUCUUUGGAGAGUGUGAUCCGUGUUUUGGUGAUUCAAUGUUGGAAAUUGGACAGACGGUUAAUUUUGUUCAAACAUCCGUUAAGGAUGAUGAUGAUUUAGAGUUCAAUCAUGGAUUUUUUCUUGAAGUAGUUGGUCCACCUGAUAGUAUAAUCCUGCCAAGUCCAGUACAGAUCAACAUCACUGAUGACGAACAAUCAACAGUUGGUGUAACAUUUGACCAAGCUAACUACACUGUUGCUGAGGGCAGUAGUCUUACUGUGACUGGAAGACUCACUGGACUAACAGGAGAGCUGCAAAGCAAUUUCUCUCUCACACUCAGUGUUGAUUUCUCUGUUGAUACAUUAACAGGUUCUAGUGAUGUCACAAUUAGUCCCUCUGAUUUGAUAAUCAAUUUUGUUGCUUUUGAAAACACAACGUUUUCUCUGAUUAUUGAUGCUGACAACGAUGAUGACUUUGAAGGGUUCCACUCAUUUGUGAUAUCUCUACCGACUGACUCUGACUACAUUAAUCCUCUAGCCAGUGACACUGCCAGCACCACCGUCACCAUCAGUGACUUUGAUGAUGCCACUGUUGUGGUAACAGCUUCCACAGAAACGGGUUUGGAGGGUACCAAUCUGACUGAAACCUGUGCCAUGCUCUUGGCUGCACCAGGGAACAUCAUGACCGAUAUUAUACUGAACUUUGAGUUGAUUCCUGACACUGCAGACACCAGUGAUUAUGCAGCUGUGGGUAGUCUACAGACCGUGAUUCCAGCUGGUUCUACUGCCGGCCCUUCGUCACGUGUCUGUGUGAAUGUUAGUCUAGUCGAUGACGACCUUCUCGAAGAGAAUGGAGAAGUGUUCUCUGUACGUUUGCAAUCUGAAAAUGCCGAAGUCGGUUCUUCAAAUACCAUCGAUGUUUCUAUUACUGAUGAUGAUGCCAAUCUCCCGAUAAUCACGAGUGAGCCCAGUGACCUCCUCUUAGUCGUUGAAGGGACCACUGUUCAGUUUUCUGUGACAGCUAAAGGCGUUGAUUUGACUUACCAGUGGAUGAAUGGAGAUGGAGAUCUUUCUGAUAUGGUUGAUCAGAUAUCGGGUGCUACCUUGGCAACCUUGAUGAUCAUGAAUGUUACCUUGUCAGAUGUCAAUGGCUAUUCAGUCCGAGUUAGCAACAGUGCUGGUAACGUUGAUUCGUUGACAGCAAAUCUAAUCACAACCUCUAGUUACCAAGUGACCCUUAGUAACAGCUCAAUACUGGAAACUAUAGAAAGCAGUCAGGCUAGCAUUCUUUAUCAAGCAACUCUGUCGAGAAUCAAUGGAGAACAAAUUCUGAAAUUACCUGCCGUGGUCUCAGUUACACUGGUUGCCGAGGGAACACCUUCCAACACAGUUUCUGAAGAAGGUGUCGAUUUCAACAUUGGACCCCUCACGGUCAGGUUUGAUCCGUGUGACCCUUGCACCCCAGACCACCUGCAGAGGGAGGCACAGCUGUGUGUGAAGGAUGACGAUGAUUUGGAGUUUGAGCAUGGGUUCACUCUCAGUGUUGAUUUAGCGUCAACAGAUCCCUCAGGGAUAACUGCAGGAGACCCCCUGCAGAUCACCAUUACUGAUGAUGAGCAAUCAACUGUUGGUGUAACAUUCGAUCAAGCUAACUACAAUGUUGCUGAAGGCAGUAGCCUCACUGUGACUGGAAGACUCACUGGACUAACAGGAGAGCUGCAGAGUGACUUCUCUCUCACACUGGGUGUUGAUUUUUCUGUUAAUAUACAUACAUGUAAGCCACGUACAGAAGCUUACUAA